ACCGAAAGCGGUGGAGGCGGCCGCUCCGAAGUCCAACCCAAAGCUCGCGUUUCUGUUCGACAACGACGCCGCACACGGCGGAGCGGCGCCGGAGAAGCAGGAGCCCGGGUCGGAGGUGCCGGUGACGGACGCCGCUGCAGCAGGAGUCACACACAUAGAAGAGGUGAAGCAAGAACCCAUAGAGAACCCAUGUAAGCUGGAUGACUCGGGCAGUGCCGCAGCAACCAGCGCUGCGCCAGCGGCGCCGUCGCGACGCGCGAUGACGAUCGCCAAGAGCGUAAAGCUGCAGCGCAAGCUGCGGGACUUCCCAUAUGACAAAACGGGCAUCUCUGCAGCUGUGGAGAAUGCAGAGGCGCUGGCCACAAACGAUGCCUCAUUGAACUCUGCGAAGGUUCAGGUGGACGUGAAAGAGGCGCGGCAACCACGCACUGACGACGUCACGGUGCCGCAAUCUCCCACAGCACCUACCGACAACACGCAGCACGAAAUCAGUGGGGCAGAGCGGCAUGAACACCCUGCGGAUAACGCUUCGAAAGUUCCAAACGAGGAGUUUAAACAGGAGCCUGCUGCCGUGAUGUCAAAAUCACUCAAACGCAGUCGCUACCUCAAAACCUGCGAGGCAGCGACACAGUCCCUGAUAACAGGGGAAACGCACGCACAGCCUCAUGGCGAGGAGGAGACGACAGUGAGAACAGCAGUUGUGACGAAACCAAAGCUGGACUUGGCACAACAACCGCAAGUGUGUAACGACCAGCCCAUGCCCCCACAUGUCUUGGAUCAAAUCCGGGCGGUUGGCAACAUAAAAACUGCCGCCAUCUCACGUCACGCAUUUACAAAACUGACUGGUAUAAGGCGGAAUAAGAAACUCCUGGCCAAAAAAACAGCUAUGCAGGAGGAGGCGGAGAAUACGGCAGCACCUAAGGGAGCUGAGGAAGAGGCUGAGCGAAGGAGGGCCGCCGAAGAAGAGGCUGAGCGAAGGAGGGCCGCCGAAGAAGGAACUGAGCGCAAGAGAGUUGAAGAGGAGGCUGCACGGAAGAAAACAAAAAGGGAUGCAUACAGGAAGCCAAGAGAAGAAGCGGCAAGAAAGAAAGCUGAAGAGGAAGCGGCUCGCAGAAAGGCCAGAAGAGAGGCGCGAGAGCGG